AUGGAGGUCCUUCCCGCCGGCGGGGGUCGGACGGAGCGCCCCGAGCGGGAGUUCCGCGGCGGCGGCGAGGCGAGGCUAGAGCACGCGGUGGAGGAAGCGGUUCCUGGAGUGGCCCGGACUGUACCCCCGCAAGGGUCGGCGGAGCGGCCGCCCGGCUCCCGCGGCUCAUGGGAAGGCGAGGAGGAGCCGGAGCCCGAGCCGGGCCAACAGCCCCGCGGCCGCACGAGCCGCACGGCGUCCCUGGUGAGCGGCCUGCUCACCGAGCUGUACAGCUGCACGGAGGAGGAGGAGGUGGCCGCCGGGAGCCGCGGUCCGGGGGGCCGCCCGCGGCGCCGUGACAGCCUGGACAGCUCCACCGAGGCCUCGGGCUCCGACGUGUUCCUGGGCGUGCGCGGCGCCGGCGACUCUCGCGUGCUGCAGGAGCUGCAGGAGCGGCCGAGCCAGCGGCUCCAGAUGCAGUACCUGCGGCAGAAAGACCAUAAUGAAUUGAAGACGAUCCUUCAGGAGCUCAAGUACAGAAUUGGCAUUCAGUCGGCCAAGUUACUUCGGCAGCUGAAGCAGAAAGAUAGGCUUUUGCAUAAACUACAGAAGAACUGUGAUAUUGUGACUGCCUGCCUGCAGGCUGUGUCUCAGAAGAGAAGAGUUGAUACAAAAUUGAAGUUCACUCUUGAGCCAUCUUUAGGUCAAAAUGGUUUUCAGCAGUGGUAUGAUGCUCUCAAGGCUGUAGCCAGACUAUCAACAGGGAUACCAAAGGAAUGGAGAAGAAAGGUUUGGUUGACCUUGGCAGAUCAUUAUUUGCACAGUAUAGCCAUUGACUGGGAUAAAACCAUGCGUUUCACUUUCAAUGAAAGGAGUAAUCCUGAUGAUGAUUCGAUGGGAAUUCAGAUAGUCAAGGAUCUUCACCGUACAGGCUGCAGUUCUUACUGUGGCCAAGAGGCUGAGCAGGACAGGGUUGUGCUGAAGCGGGUGCUGCUGGCCUAUGCCCGAUGGAACAAGAAUGUCGGGUACUGCCAAGGCUUUAACAUCCUGGCUGCGCUAAUUCUGGAAGUUAUGGAAGGCAAUGAAGGGGAUGCAUUGAAAAUUAUGAUUUACCUGAUUGAUAAGGUACUUCCUGAAAGCUAUUUUGUCAAUAAUCUCCGGGCAUUAUCUGUGGAUAUGGCUGUCUUCAGAGACCUCUUGAGAAUGAAACUCCCUGAAUUAUCUCAGCACCUGGAUACUCUUCAGAGAACUGCAAACAAAGAAAGUGGAGGUGGAUACGAGCCCCCACUUACGAAUGUCUUCACGAUGCAGUGGUUUCUGACUCUCUUUGCCACGUGUCUCCCUAAUCACACAGUUUUAAAGAUCUGGGAUUCAGUCUUCUUUGAAGGUUCGGAGAUCAUCCUAAGGGUGUCACUGGCCAUCUGGGCAAAAUUGGGAGAGCAGAUAGAAUGUUGUGAAACAGCAGAUGAAUUCUAUGGCACCAUGGGGCGCCUCACCCAGGAGAUGCUGGAGAAUGACCUUCUGCAAAGCCAUGAACUCAUGCAGACUGUUUAUUCUAUGGCACCGUUCCCUUUUCCACAACUGGCAGAGUUGAGGGAAAAGUACACCUACAACAUUACACCCUUCCCAGCCACAGCUAAACCCACUUCAGUUUCUGGACGACAUGGUAAGGUGAGAGACAGUGAUGAGGAGAAUGACCCAGAUGAUGAAGAUGCGAUUGUUGAUGCCGUAGGGUGUCUUGGACCUUUCAGUGGGCUCCUGGCACCUGAACUGCAGAAGUACCAAAAGCAGAUGAAAGAACCAAAUGAGGAGCAGAGUCUGAAAUCCAAUAACAUUGCAGAGCUGAGUCCAGGAGCCAUCAACUCCUGUCGAAGUGAAUACCACGCGGCAUUCAACAGCAUGAUGAUGGAACGCAUGACCACAGACAUCAGCGCCCUGAAGCGGCAAUACUCGCGGAUCAAAAAGAAGCAGCAGCAGCAGGUCCACCAGGUGUACAUCAGGGCAGACAAAGGACCAGUGACCAGCAUUCUCCCAUCUCAGGUAAACAAUUCUCCAGUUAUAAACCACCUUCUUUUAGGGAAGAAGAUGAAAAUGACGAACAGAGCUGCCAAGAAUGCAGUCAUUCACAUCCCUGGUCAUGCAGGAGGCAAACUGUCUCCUGUCCCCUAUGAAGAUCUUAAAACAAAGCUCAACUCUCCAUGGCGAACUCACAUCCGAGUCCACAAGAAGAACAUGCCGAGGAGCAAGAGUCACCAGGGCUGUGGGGACACCAUAGGGCUGAUCGAGGAGCAGAACGAGGGCUGUAAGACCAACAGCCUGGGGGCAGCAGAGGAGUUUUCCUCCAGGUGUGCAGCCCCCGCUGCAAAAGAAGGCAGCAGCUCUGAAGGUGGCAUCGGUAGGACAAUUGAAGGACAGUCUCCAGAGCCCGUGUUCGGGGACGCUGAUGUCGAUGUGUCUGCGGUUCAGGUGAAGUUAGAAGCCUUGGAACUGAACCAAAGGGAUGCUGCUGUUGAAACUGAGCCCAAGGUGCACCCGCCCUGCCAACUGCAUGUUCCAGAGCUACCUGAUGCCCCUGGAGAAAUCAAAGCCACCAGCAAACCUCCCCAAGGCAGCCACUCAAAAACCCCCAUCUUUAGCCCUUUCCCCAGUGUGAAGCCACUGAGGAAAUCAGCCACUGCCAGGAAUUUGGGAUUAUAUGGUCCAACAGAAAGAACCCCAACCAUGCACUUUCCUCAGAUGAGCAGGAGCUUCAGCAAAUCCAGCGGCGGGAAUAGUGGCACUAAAAAACGAUGAUGUCUCCUGGCCACUGUGCUGGACUCGCCUCUGCGCGCUGUGUAAGGGUUCCAGCUGCACCCGUCCGGUUUCAUUUGCCAGUGAAGAUGAAUAAGGAGGUUCAGAGAUGAGCAACAACAUCCCAUAAAGCUGGGAACGGAGAGUUUUAUGAUGGAACUGGAGUAGGGAUGUUUUCUCUCCACUGGAGAACUGAUGGAGUGGACUUUCAUGACAGAAUUAAUAUUGUGGUUUUAAAGUGUGAAGUUUUCCCAAUUUUUCCGUGUGAGCUAUUUAGAAAAGAUUAUAUCUAGACUGUUAAGCCUUCUUUUGUCCUGUCCUGAGGGCCUUUCAGGAUCCCUGGGACAAAAACCCCCAAACCUUCCAGUUCUCUGGGUGUUACCCAAGCAUGCACACACCAGCUUGCUAGAACAGAAAACUGUAAAAAGAAAAUAAGUUUCUCAUUUGCAAAAACUUCCUGAUUUUCCUCUUCCUGCUCUAUUGGGGGUGGUGGAGGGGACGUUUUGUGUGUGUGGAUUUUCCCUCAGUACCUGUCUCCAAAUUGUUUUUUGAAUUCUUAUGCUAAAGCAUAGGAGAAAAAUUGGUAACCUUUCUGUUUCUACUGCCAAAAUGAAGAAAACCUUUAAUCUGUUAAAAUUUAGGUUGAUAACCAAAUUGAAGGUCAUAUGCAGAGAACAGAAGUUAAUAUGCAUUAAUCAAUCACCCUGAACUGCUUGCUAAUUCCACUCAGCUUCCCCACCCCAGGUUCAUUUUCUCCUCUCCAGAAGAGCAUGAGUCCUCAGUGGUACAGAAGACUCGAUGGCUCUGCAGGGAGCUUCUCCUGCGUUCUCAGCCAUGCAGCUCAUUUACCUACCAGCUCUCCAUGGCAGGUGCACACAGCUUCUGCUCAAAAGCCAGAA